CGGGAACUUCCUUUUACGUAGUGAGCCACAUGGUCGCGACCUUGCUUGCUAUCUUCUCUUCCUUUUCAUCAGAGAUGGCUGCCAACAGCGAACGUUCAUUUAUUAUGGUCAAGCCUGACGGAGUCCAAAGGGGACUUGUCGGUGAAAUUAUGAAGAGAUUUGAACAAAGAGGCUACAAACUCGUUGCCUGUAAACAAAUGCAGGCAUCAAAAGAACACUUGGAGAAACACUACGCAGAUCUGUCCAGUAAGGGAUUCUUCCAAGGAUUGGUCACCUACAUGGCCAGUGGACCAGUUGUAGCCAUGGUAUGGGAAGGAAAAGAUGUAGUUAAGACAGGCAGAAAAAUGCUGGGAGCCACCAAUCCUUUGGAAUCCAACCCAGGAACCAUCAGGGGAGACUACUGUAUCGAUGUUGGCAGGAAUAUAUGUCACGGCAGUGAUUCUGUAGAGAGUGCCAAGCGGGAAAUUGAUCUGUGGUUCAAACCCGAUGAGAUUAUGAACUAUGCUGCUUGUGAAGCCCCCUGGUUGUAUGAAUGACUGGCCAUAUCUUUGUUGUAGUUUGGGUCAUGUGGACCAUGACUCAAGGUUGUGUAGUCUCAAUAAAACUUAAAAAUUC